AUGUCCCAUCGGAACCCACAGCCUUCCCCUGCCGACAGGCCAAAGCUGAUACCCCCACCCAUUCCCAGGCCGGGUGAUUCGUCGCAGAUGUUGAACAAGGACCAACAGAAGGAUUCCCAGAAUCGGCAAGAUGAGGCGCGUUUGUUCGGAGCCAAAUAUCGUGACUCCCAUGCUGUCAAGAUAAAGCCCGGAGCGUCCCUCCAUUAUAGGAACAAAAAGCCAGGGUCUAGCUUUGCGUUCUCUCCUCAGGACAAACUUGCACAUAAUCAAAAUGCCCGAAGCAGCGGGCCGGUCCGUUCGUAUGGAGAAUCAAAUCAACAAACUUCACGGAGAAAGUCGCCUCAAUUUGAUGAAGCUUUCGAGGAGUCGAGUCGCCCUACCAAGAUACGGCGCCAGAGUGAAACCAGCGAAACCGUCGACCUUACAGCCCCAGCAAAUUCAGCCAUAGAUCGAUUGGCACAACCCAAAAACCGUCGCAACCGGCGUGACAAUUCCAGAGACGCGGAGAAUGGCGUCAAAUCAGCGCAUAGCUCUAUUCGUCCUCAACAUGACCAAUUCUCUUCUGCUGACUCUCGGGAUGAAAAAUUCACUGAAACAGCAGCGCAGCAGCGCCGAAAUCUGGCGAGAUCUACGGAUCUCCGGCUGUCCCAGACAAAUCGCAGAUUAAAUCAGCCCAACGAGGCCAUUGUCAUUGGGAGUAUUGAUGCUGGAUCAAAGAAAGGUGGUCCGAACAGCUCUGCAGUUCUAACGAACUUUCGUCGUCUUGCCAAUGGCAGGGAAAGUCCAGACGAACUUCAGGGCGACAUCACCACACAUCGAGUACCAAAAUCCUUGUCAGAAAAACAAACCCAAACCACUCGCCCAUCUAAACCCACUAUACAUACAGAAAGACCGACUCGAAAGCGCUCACCAUCCGAUAUCCCCGUUCAGGUUUUUUCACCGCCAGCACCGGCCACGAAAAAGGCCAAGAUCUCCCACAAAAAUUCCAAUCAGACACAUGAAUUGCGGUAUUUCCGUAUCGGUCCCUUGAGCAAAUCUUGCGAUGCGAGGGAAACUGUCCCAAUUUAUUCAAACAAGAAAGGGUUUGAGCUUCGUGAGGAUGCACUCGGCCAAGGUAACACAAUAUCAAUUCUUUUCGAAAAAAUCACGACUAUUGUGGUCGGCGAGAAACCCAGCCGGAAAGUGAGAAUGAAAUUGUCCCAAGGUUCUGUCGAACCAGACGAUCAGCUCGAUAUCGAGUUUUGGACCACCGAGGAAAAGGAGAAGCUACUGGAAGUGUUGACUCAAGCCGGGUUUCACCACCAGAACAGAGAUAUGAAAUGGAUGGACAAGUCGUUCUUGAGAUAUGAAAAGCAAUUCUCGGAGAAGAACAGACAGGAGAACAAGCUGCCCAAGAAGCGGCUUCUUGAUGAUUUGGUCGAUGACCCUGAUCCUGCGCGCUCUCCUCCCCCACGACGGCCCAAACUUUCGAUGUCCUUGAGAGAUGACCAUGGCGAAGUCAAUAAACUCAAAUUACUCAAGAUCAAAUCUGCUCUAGAAAAGAGAAGACUUGGAAACAGCAAUGCCGAUUCUCGAACUUCCGUCAAGGAGCAACAGGAUAACCGACCUAUUGGUAAAGAUGGUGGAAUCGAUGUCCGAUCCACCGUCAAUACAUCAGAACGCGAGACCCGGUCUUCCGCCCGCCGUGUCGGUAACGACCCUGACGUGUCAAAUGAAGACAUCACUUCUGAGACAAAGUCCAACCUACUUAGGGACGAUUCUUUCAGGGAGAAUUGGAAGAAACCACUGGUGUACCCGCGAAGUGGAAAGAAGAAGGCUGAGGUCACACUCGGCGAUCGUGAACGAUUACUCCGGGACGACUUCCUGAACGAUAACCUGAUCGCUCUCUACAUGCGUUUCCUUCAGGAUCAUCUCGAACGCACUAAUAAGGAGGCUGCUGAACGGAUCUACUUUUUCAAUACCUACUUCUUCGCAACUCUCACGAACACCCCACGGGGGAUCGUGGGAUUAACUAUAGUGGUGUGGAGAAGUGGACCCGGAACGUUGAUCUCUUCAGUUAUGACUAUAUCCUUGUCUCUUGAUCCUGCCGACGGGGUGGAGCCGAUCCGAACACCGACUCUACAGAAAGAGUCAUCCAAUGCGUCUGAGAGUGAGAUCCAGGAAAUUGAAGAGACCCCUGAGCCGGAAGCAAAGCCAAAGUCAGAGCUCAAUGCUUCUGACAAGGUUAGUGAAUCUCGUGAUAUUCGAAAGGGAUCUGAUAUCGGAGGGGACCUUGCUUCCCUGCAGAUCGAGGCAAAUGAGCAUGCGCUUCAGGAUACGAAGAGCUCAGAGGAUCAGUCCGCGCCCAUACAAAACCCACUUCCAUUCCCAAAUCUUUCCAAAUCCGCUGCCCAAAAGCUCGCCCAAGACCAGGCCGCGGCGUCACAACCGAACAACAAAUCCAAGAAGAAAAGAACCGGUUUAAAGUUGGAUCCCAACCAACCAACAAUCAUCACAUUUGACUCCCUUGACAUGCCUCGCUCCCCCACCAUCAAAAUUCUUCGCGAGUACAUCUGCCGUGAAGCGGUGUCUAAACGCGGCGUAGAACUCGACCCAGCCGACGUCAAGGGCAUGCGAGCUCGCGAUAUUCCCCUCCAGCCCAAUUUCUGGGACUGCGGUCUCUAUCUGCUGGCAUACUUGGAGAAGUUUGUUCAAAGCCCUGAUUGGUUCAUCACAAAGGUGCUACAACGAAGUAUGAGUUCCAAGAAUGACUGGCCUCCACUAGGUUCUGGUCUCCUGCGGUAUCGUCUUGGCAAGUUCCUAGACGAGCUAUACGAAGAACAGGGACAAGCCAAUGAGCCUGUCAUGGCAGUCAGACAGCCCGUUUCAUUCCUCCUUGGCCCGCCCCUCCCUUGUCAGGAGGAAAUUCCGAACGUUGAUGUGGUACCUGAGUCUCAGCAGGGGACGGAUCCUUCAGACCACCUUCCAAAUACUGUGAAUUCAAAGACAGAAGAAUCGGGUGAAGAUUCAACCGUGGACCAGAUGCAUCUCUUACCUACCGAAAAACCCUCGAAACAAACCAAAGCAUUGUCCCACCCAUCUGCAGAUGCAAAAUCGCAGAAUUCUCAUAUCCCUCCACAGAAGGAGGAACCUAUCAUCCAGGUACCCGGUAGCCAGGAAGAGCCUGAAGUGCCGAGUACACCACCGCCCCCUACAAGAAAAGAACGAAAGAGACAAAGUCCACGAGGCCCUCUUCAAAAGAGAUGA